AUGAAGGUACUUUAUCUAUUAGUUAUUCUAUAUCUAACUUGUAUUUCCCAAGUAUCUCUUGCUGCCAAUGACUACUGUGAAGCUUUAAAAUACUCUUUAUUAUUUUACAAAGCCCAAAGAGCUGGUAGACUCCCCGAUACAGAUAUUCCCUGGAGAGGUAAUAGUGUACUAGGUGAUACUUAUAACAACCAAGUAGAUAGCAAUGGUGACGGUAUUUUAUCAAAAGGUUAUUUUGAUGCUGGUGAUGGUGUAAAAUUUGGUUUUCCAAUGGCCUAUACCAUGACAAUGUUAAGUUGGGUUUAUAUUCAAUAUGAAUCCAACAUUGCCAAUUGUGGUUUAGAUACACUCUAUAAAGAUGUAUUAAAGUGGGGUUCAGAUUAUACAAUGGCUGCGCAUGUCGCCGAUGAUGUUUUUGUUGGCCAAGUUGCAGAUGCCAAUAUAGAUCAUUCUUAUUGGAUUCCACCCGAAAAUAUUACUGGUACUUAUACUCGUACAGUUUAUACAAUUGAUUCUAGCAAUCCAGGUACUGAUCUUGCUAUGGAGGCUGCUGCAUCCCUUACUGCUACUUCGAUAGCCCUCAAAUCAACUGAUAGUUCUUAUGCCAGUGAAUGCCUAAACCAUGCCAAAACACUCUAUGACUUUGCAAUGAACAGUGAUAAGAAACUUUAUUCCGAUUCAAUUACUGCUGCUGCUGGAUUUUAUACCUCUGGUGGUUAUAAUGAUGAAAUUGCUUGGGCUUCUGCUUGGUUAUAUAAAGCCACUGGUGAUGAAAUUUAUCAUACCAAUGCCGCCACCUACUAUGCAAACAACGAUGUUCAAUAUGCUAAUCAAUUGAGCUGGGAUCAAAAGGGCGUUGCUACCGGCAUGUUGCUUUAUCAACUCGAUGGUGACUCUACUUAUAAAACAAAUGUCGAAAGUGCACUAAAAUAUUGGGAAAAAGGUGGUGGUAUUACCUAUACUCCAAAUGGCUUAGCUUAUUUAAGUGAAUGGGGUCCAUGUAGAUACACCAUGAAUAUGGCCUUAAUUGCGUCAAUGUAUGGAGGUGACUAUUUAAGCUUUGCAGAAUCUCAACUAAACUAUGUCAUGGGUAACAAUGCAAACUCAUAUUCAUUUGUUGUUGGUUGGGGUACAAACUAUCCAAAGAAUCCACAUCAUAGAGCCGCUCAUCACUCAACUACCAAUGAUAUCAAUAAUCCAACCGUAAACAAAUAUGUUAUUUAUGGUAGUUUGGUAGGUGGUCCAGCUUCUGACGAUAGUUAUAAAGAUGAUAGAACUGACUAUACUCAAAGUGAAGUUGCUUUAGACUACAAUGUUGGUCUUGUUGGUACACUGGCUGCUUUUUCCUCUGAUAGCUCUCCAGCCUCUACUACCAAUCCAUUUGGUGGAAGUAUUGAUACUAGCUCAACAACUAGCGCACCAACAUCAAAUAGUGACUCUACAACUUCUGCCAGUUCAGAAAAAGCAACAGAAACACCAACUACUACUCCAAGCACUGAUGCUAGUUCAGAAUCAGUUACAGAAACACCAACCGCUACUAGUUCA